AUGGCUGGAUUAGAUUAUCUUUUAUUUGAAGAGGCUACCGGAUAUGGUAUUUUCAAAGUACUCAUUCAACAAGAUGAUAUAGCAUCAAGAUCAAAAGAAGUUCAAGAAGCAUCAAAUGAUUUAUCAAAAUUUUCCAAAAUGAUUGAAUUAAUUUCAUUCGCUCCUUUUAAAGGUGCAGCACAAGCAUUAGAAAAUGCUAAUGAUAUAUCAGAAGGUUUAGUUUCAGAUUAUUUGAAGGAGGUAUUAGAACAUAAUUUACCGAAAACUUCUAAAAAAAUUUCCCUUGGUGUAAGUGAUAAAAAUUUAGGACCUUCAAUAAAAGAAAUUUUUCCAAAUGUUGAUGUAUUAUCAAAUGAAAUUGUACAAGAUUUUUUAAGAGGAAUAAGAGUCUUUGGUUCUAAAUUAUUUAAAGAUUUACAAGAUGGUGAUAUUGAAAGAGCUCAAUUAGGUUUAGGACAUGCUUUUUCAAGAGCAAAAGUUAAGUUUUCAGUUCAAAAAAAUGAUAACCAUAUCAUACAAGCUAUUGCCUUGUUAGAUCAAUUAGAUAAAGAUAUAAAUACUUUUUCGAUGAGAGUUAAAGAAUGGUAUGGAUGGCAUUUCCCAGAAUUAGCUAAAAUUGUACCUGAUAAUUAUCAAUUUGCAAGAUUGGUUUUAUAUAUAAAAGAUAAAUCAAAUUUAAAUGAAGAUGAUUUACAUGAUUUAACAGCUAUAUUAAACGAUGAUGCAGGUGUUGCACAAAGAGUUAUUGACAAUGCAAAAAUUUCAAUGGGUCAAGAUAUAAGUGAACAAGAUAUGAAUAAUAUUUUAACAUUUGCACAAAGAACAGUAAAUUUAACUGAAUAUAGACAACAAUUAUAUAAAUAUUUAACAGAUAAGAUGCAUACAGUUGCUCCAAAUUUAUCUACAUUGAUUGGUGAAGUUGUUGGUGCAAGAUUAAUUUCACAUGCUGGUUCAUUAACUAAUUUAUCAAAACAAGCAGCAUCAACUGUACAAAUUUUAGGAGCUGAAAAGGCUUUAUUUAGAGCUUUGAAAACUAAAGGAAACACACCAAAAUAUGGAUUAAUUUAUCAUUCAUCUUUUAUUGGUAAAGCAGGUUCAAAAAAUAAAGGUAGAAUUUCAAGAUACUUGGCAAAUAAAUGUUCAAUAGCUUCAAGAAUUGAUAAUUAUAGUGAUGAACCAACUACUGCUUUUGGAGAAGUCUUGAAAAAACAAGUUGAAGAAAGAUUAAAAUUUUAUGAUACCGGAUCAGCACCAAUGAAAAAUUCAGAUGCUAUAAAACAAGCAUUAGCUUUAAAUGGAUCAAAGGGUGAUGAUAUGGAAAUAGAUGAAGAAGAAGUAGAAGUUGAAGAACCACAAGAAGAGAAAAGGUCAAAGAAAGACAAAAAGGAUAAAAAGGAAAAGAAAGAUAAAAAGGACAAAAAAGAUAAAAAAGAUAAGAAAGAUAAAAAGGACAAAAAAAGAAAAUCAGAUGAUGGAGAAGAAAGUCCAAAAAAGAAAAAAAAAAAAUCAAAAGAUUAA